GAUUACUGCCCCCUCUCCCCCCGCACAACAAAGUCCACAACCAAUACAGUUUUCCUCCAUUCUCCAUUGUUUUAGAGAAGAUUCCCAUUUCUCGCAAUUCCCAAUACAUAUGCUCUUUGUUAACUUUUCAGUCUCUCUCUCUGUCUCUCUCUCACUAUCCCAAAAAACCCAAAAGUAAAAGUAAGAAAAGCACCAAACCCAAACCCAAAACCAAAACCAACAAAGCACACACAGAGAGAGUCUUUGCUGAGAGAUGGGGUUAGAAGAUGGCGGCGAGGGUGACGGUGAAGGUCAGCCUCGCACGGUGGUUGUGGGGGUGGAGUUAGACUCGCCCAGCCGAACAUUGCUCACGUGGGCACUUUGCAAUGUUGCACAGUCCGGUGACCGUGUCAUUGCCCUUCACGUCAUCGACACCCCCACUGAGAGCACGUCUGCGCUUCUCUCGCUUGCGAACCAGUUUAAUUCCAUGCUUUCUGUGUAUGAAAUUGUCUGCAAAUUGAGAGAGGUUGAUUUGAAGUUGAAGUUGAUUAAGGGCUUAAAGGCCCGGAAAAUUCUAGUCCGGGAGGCGAAAUCUCACGGUGAGGCUACACUCAUUGUGGGUGUUUCUAAACCUCGUAUCGGAAUCCGGCCGUCGGCCUCCCUUGCCAAGUAUUGCGCCUCUAAAUUGCCGAGGAACUUUUCCAUUUUCGCCGUCCACAAUGGCAAAGUUUUGUUCCACAGAUUGGCCAAAAACGCCGGGAGAGUGAAUUUGGAUAAGGGUCAUCAGUGUCAGGUAGAAUUUAGCUCGGGUUUGAAGAAGAUGACGACACUGAAGAAUUGCCCGAGUUGUUCGCCAGAUGCAGUGUUGCGGGAUAAUUGUGGGACCCAAUCUGCGGAAGAGUUGACUGGGGAUGGUGAUGAUGGUGAUGUCAAUUUGUUGGCUAUGGUACCCUACCAAACAGCUGAAGCUGUUGGGAGUUCAAGUUCCGUUGUGAUUGUAGAUGAACCACCGGAGUUGAAAUCUGGUUGGUCGAUUCUUCGACGGGUGUUUCUACCAAACCAACAAUACGUGGAGAAACCUGUGAAAAAGACGUCUGUGUUUCAGUGGGUAUUGAGAUUACCUAGCUGGCAUUCUUCCGCUGUGGUCUAUCCUGACCAGAAGCAGAAUAAUCUUGAUAAGGAUGAUGAGCGUUGUUCCUCACUUGAUGGAGAGACUGGUGCAAUUGUGCGAUUUGAAUCUUCCGCUGUGUUCCCUCUUUCCCCUUGCAAUGGUUUGGGUAACCUUCCUAAAGAAUUGUUGGGUUUGCAUGAGAAAUACUCAUCCACCUGCAGGUUGUUUAAUUACCAGGAGCUUCUGUUGGCAACCUCCAAUUUCAAGCCUGAGAAUAUGGUUGGUAAGGGUGGUAGUAGUAAUGUUUACAAAGGGUGUCUUCCGGAUGGCAAGGAAUUGGCGGUCAAAAUCUUGAAGCCAUCUGAAGAUGUGGUUAAAGAUUUCGUUCAGGAAAUUGACAUUAUUACAACUUUACAUCACAAGAACAUAAUCUCUCUAUUUGGGUUCUGUUUUGAGGAUAACAAUUUACUCCUAGUCUAUGAUUUUCUUUCAAGAGGAAGCCUAGAAGAGAACCUUCAUGGUAAUAAGAAGGAUGGGAAAGCAUUUGGUUGGCAAGAAAGAUAUAAUGUGGCUGUGGGUGUAGCUGAGGCGUUGGAUUUUUUACACAACGGCUGUGUGGAACCUGUGAUCCACAGGGAUGUGAAAUCCUCGAACAUCCUUCUUUCUGAUGAUUUUGAGCCACAGCUCUCAGAUUUUGGACUUGCUGGUUGGGCUUCGACAUCAUCCCAUGUUACUUGCACCGAUGUUGCAGGAACCUUUGGUUACUUGGCUCCAGAAUACUUCAUGCAUGGCAAAAUGAGUGACAAAAUUGAUGUCUACGCAUUUGGUGUUGUACUUCUUGAGCUUCUUUCAGGUAGAAAGCCAAUUAGUGGCAAGGACAGCUUAGUAAUGUGGGCAAAGCCAAUUUUGAAGGGUGGGGAGGUUUCCAAAUUGCUGGAUCCAAGCUUGGGCAGUGACUAUGACCAUGUUCAGAUUGAGAGAAUGGUUUUGGCUGCUAGCCUUUGCAUUAAACGUGCACCUAGAUUACGGCCUCAAAUCAGCAUUGUUUUGAAGCUUCUCCAAGGUGAUGAGGAAGUGACAAGGUGGGCAAAGCAACCCUGCACUUCGGAAGAAUUUGAUGACUUGGAUGGGGAGGCAUUUCCUACCAACCUCCAAUCCUAUCUUAACCUGGCAUUGCUAGGCUUGGAAGACGAUUCACUUUCUAGCAGUGGCAGUGAGCAAAGUGUCUCAUUAGAUGACUAUCUGCAUGGGAGAUGGAGCCGCUCAUCAAGCUUCGAUUAAGUUUGUCUGCAGAAGAAUGCAAUCCUGCAAGCAAACAUUUUUAUUUUGUUUUAAUUUUUGUAUAUCAUUUUCCUUUCUUUGUAUAUGCCUGUGUUUUGUAAAUACAAUUUUUGGUUCAGUCACUUGGACUGGGUCUCGGAAGAGUGGAUCUUUGCAAGAGGUUCGACCCCAUCCUGGACUUGGUAGUUUUGUUAUUUCUCAAUGCUGAUUUUGUAUUGAAAGCUGGGGUCUGUUUAGUCUUCUCGGUGGAGAGCAAAUUUGCACUAGCCUGUUACCAUGAGCACCAAGUCAUUGCCUUCAUGUGUAGUAAAUAUUGGGGUCUUUGUGCA